GAAAAGCCGUCCGGCGCCAUUCCGGUGCGCAGCUCCGCCGCCGCCCCGCUGCCGACGUUCCGCUGCCGGGAGGGGAGAGGGCGCCGCCCCGCGGGCUCCGAACGCCGGCUCCACAAUAACAGAAGAGAUCGCACAACUGUUAGAGAUCCAGCACCUUUUCACAAUCUUUUAUUUGAAGUGCAUACUACCAUUUUGCAUUGGUGCACACCAUACCAAUGGACCAGGAAAGCAGUACCAGAGAGAGUGUGGGCCAGGACCCACUCCUGUUACUGAAAACCCUUCAAACUCUGUGGACAAAGAGAGAGCUGCAGAAGCUCCGGGAAGUAGCCAGGCAGGGAUUCGCUACCCUGGAAGACCCAUUCUCAGGCCUUCUGGACAUGCUGGAGAGCUAUAAAGGCUGGAAGGGGAAAGGACACUCAUUGGAAUAUUACAUCACCAAUGAAUUAGCUCGCUGGCUGAAGGAGCACCCUAGGGAGCCACAGUCUGGCUUGAAGCUGAAGAAGUUGCAGGCUCGAGCAUUUGGGGUUCUUGCCGAGAACCAGAGUAAUCUCCUAGAGCCCCUGAUCAGCAUUUAUCAGCUGCAGAAAGCCGACCGGAACAUUUUGCUUGGAAAUGUCAAUCAUCUUUACCAUAAGGGAAAGUACAAAGAAGCAGUCAUACUAAGCACAAAGCUAAAGUUACAGCCAGAAUUGGAUGUGGAAAAGAUGUGUACACCCUUGCUUCUUCAGGAUAAAGCAAAUCUUGUUGAGGACUAUGUGGCCGACUAUCCACACCUCCAGAGCCAGCUUUUACAGAUCAUGGACACAUGGUGUCAUCCCACCUUUAAUGCUAGAGAUAUUGCCAGACAGUAUCAAAAUGUGCCACCCUCAAGAGCAGACAAACUGAACCAGAAAAUGCUGAGCAAACUUGUCUUCAGGCUGCUGGGCCAGUACAACCUAGACCCAGCACUCUGCCCAAAUGUCAUGAACCAACGACACCUUGGAACUCUCAGGUACCUCUUCUACAAGAGGUUUGUCGAGAAAAGCAUGACCCAGGAGAAUUGGGAAGAUCACAUUCAGAACAUGGUAGGGGAGAAUUUGUGGCUGCAGGAACAACUAAUCCAGCUGCUGUUCAGUUACUGUGAUGCUGCCACAGCUGCCCAGUGGGCUCUGUCCUACCACCUUACCGGUGACUGUCUGCCUGCCAAAGUGGCUGAGAAGAUGCUUGAACUCCAGCACCAGGAGAAGGUGGAAGUGACUCAGGAAAGAACCUAUGAUUCCAAAAUGGACAAAAAGAAUGAUUAUUAUUAUCAAUUGCCCAUAGCCAGGGAAAGUAUUCACUUCCUGCAUACCUGGGAGGAAGUGGUCAAAUGCAGGGAUGUGGUACUUCAGCCUGGCCAGGUAGUCGGCAUUGACAUGGAGUGGAGACCCUCCUUUGGAUUGGUAGGAAGGCCACGGGUGUCGGUGCUCCAAAUUGCCAUUAAGGAACAAGUGUACCUGUUGGACCUGCUGCAGUUCUCAAAACUGGACCAGGAAAAGGAGAAGGACCUUUGUCAUUUCAUCUGGAAGCUCUUUUCGGAUCCAUCCAUUAUAAAACUGGGCUAUGGAAUGUCUGGAGAUCUGUGCAGCUUAUCAACUACAUACCCAACCCUCAGAGAGAUGGAAAAGCAGGCACAAGGAAUCCUGGACCUGCUGGAGGUGGACAAACAGUUACAGAAAAAUUUUGGGUUGUGGAAGAAGCAUCACACAGUCGUGGAUAGCCUGUGUCAAGAACCAAGCUCUAUAACUAGAAGUCCCAGGCACGCAGAAAAAGGACUCAGCCUCCUGGUGCACAAUCUCCUGGGGAAACCACUGGACAAAACAGAGCAGCUUUCAAACUGGGAGAAAAGGCCCCUCCGGGAGGAGCAGAUCCUUUAUGCAGCUUCAGAUGCAUACUGCUUAUUAGAAGUCUAUGAGGUUCUUUGUAAAGACCCAGCCCACUUUGGCUUGAGUGCAAACCUGAAGGAGAGUCUUGGAGGCAAACAGAGUACAAAACCGAGGGCAAAGAAACCACUUAGCAAGCAAAGGACACGAUCCCCUUCUAAACAGGUUUUGGCAUCAGCUGGGGAGACACUUUCUGCCACUGCUUUUCCUGAGAUAUCUGCCAAAGACUUCAGCGUGGUGUGUGACACUAUGCUGCAGGGCCUGGCUCGCUAUCUUCGUUGCCUGGGAGUGGAUGUACGUGUGCUUGAGAACACAGAUGACCACCGGCAAGCAGCUGAGAUUGCCAGAAAGGAGGGGAGGAUCAUACUGACCUCUGGAUUGCCCUAUCAGAAGCUGCAGGCCCAGGUCGGGGAAGGAAGAUGCUUUUCUGUAAACUGUUCUGACAAGGCCAAGCAGCAAGCGCUCAGCGUCCUGAAGCACUUCAAUGUCCGUGUCACACUCACUGACAUCUUCAGCCGCUGCCAGGUGUGUAACUGUGAUAAGUACCUGAAAAUCUCCAAAGAGAAGAUCAGACACUUGAUGAAGAUCAGCGGUUACCUGUCAGGGGAAGAUGACACAGGCCUCCCAGAGAGCCCUGAAGAAGAGUGGGAGCUACAACCCCAGGCAGAGACUUCAGCCUUAGCAGACACCAUCACAGAACAGCUGUCAGGCUGCGCCUAUAACCCAAACUGCCGCUGGCUGGGAGACUCAGACCUGCAUGCAGGGUCCCAUACCCUGAAAAAUGGGACCACCCUGCAGAUCAGAAGCAUCCCCCUGGGGGUACUGGAGAAGACAAACCUGUCCCAUUUCUACUGCUGCACCCAGUGCGGCAAAGUCUUCUGGGAAGGCUCCCACUUUGGGCGGGUGGUCUCUCAGUUCCAGGAGAUCUUAAACGGCUCCGAGCCACAGACACAGAGCUUCUACGAACUGAGCUGAGCUGGGCUGGGCUGGAAGGCCCGAGUGUGGCUUCCUUCCCUGGUGGGAGUGAGCCACCAAACACAGAUGCAGCCUUUUAACCCUCCCUAUGAAGGAGACAGAUGAGCCCCAGGCAGAGGGAACUGCAUCCUGUCCUGUCCUGUCCUGUCCUGUCCUGUCCUGUCCUGUCCUCUCCUGGUCAUACUCUGCUCCUGGGUACAAGGUGGAAAGUUUGGUUUGCUAUUCGUUUUAAGCUAUGUGGUGUAAGAAUACUGCCUUGUGUGUGUGUGUGUGUGUGUGUGUGUAUGGCACAUGCUGGGUAAAACACACCCCCUAGAGAGGGGACUCUU